GGCCUAUGUACCAUUAAUAAACAGGUACAACAAAGCACACGACGUUAAUUAACGACUGUUUUUGGGGAAAAUAUUACAAACAUCCGGAAAGUCUACUUUAUAAAGCUGUCAAGAAAAUAUUUGUCUUGAGUGUUUUGUUUACUUAAGAAAUGGAUAGAGACAAAAUAAGAAUGCGAUUAUGGGUUAUAAGCGUGAUCCAUGCACUUAUGCAAGCAGUUGUGCAAGGAAAAAAUUCAUAUAUAUUAAUGUCCCCAAGAAUUGUCCGACCAGGACGGAAUUUAACUAUAGAAGGUGAAUUGCUCGAGAACCCCUCUGAGCCAGUGAUAAUUUCUGCCGAAUUAAGCAAUAAUGCAGGCCCUAUUGCUAAUUCUACAGUAACUGUAAACGGAAAAUCAAAAAUACAAUUGGAUAUUCCGGUUCCAAACCAUAUAAUUUUUGACUCUGGUUCGUCUAAGAGGAAAGAACUCAACCUUAAGAUAUCUGGGUCAGGCGGACUAUCCUUUACAGAUGCGAAAACAUUAUCAUAUAAUGCAAAAAGUUCAUCUGUUUUCAUACAGACAGACAAAGCUAUUUACAAACCAGGACAGCCAGUGCACUUCCGAGUGUUUGGUGUGACUCCGGAGCUAAAAGUUAUAUUUGACAAACUGCAGGUUGAACUUUAUGAUCCAAACGGGAACAAAAUAAACCAAUGGGAUGUUAGCGGUUUCAAAAUGACAAAACUAGGAGGGGUUUAUGUGCAACACCAGCUUAUGUCUGAACAACCUGUGCUAGGAAAGUGGAAACUUAAAGCUAAACUGCUAUCAUAUGGG